AUGAAGAACGACCACGGUGUGUUCAGUGCGCCACGCGAGGUCGAGAGUGCUCGUUCUUUGCUGCCGCCUCUCAGUCUAGUCAGUUCUCUCUUACAAACGUGA